AUGCUGAUCAACGUAGACGAGGUGUCUACACUACUGCACAAAUACGGCGCUCUGGCCUGUUGGGACUACGCCACGUGUGCUCCUUACGUCGACAUCGACAUGAACCCCAAUGACGACCCUCUCGCUUUCAAAGACGCCGUGUUCUUCUCUGGCCACAAGUUCGUCGGUGGACCAGGUUCUCCCGGGGUGUUGGUAGUGAAGAAAAAUCUCAUGAAUAACCAGGUACCGACGAUGCCGGGUGGCGGCACGGUGCUCUUUGUCACCGAGAAAGCCCAUAGUUACCUUGCUAACAAGGUGGAACGAGAAGAGGGCGGCACUCCGGAUAUUAUCGGUAGUAUCCGUCUUGGUCUGGCCUUCCAGCUCAAACAACACGUGGGUCCUGGACGUAUCAUGGAUCUAGAGCGUCAACACGUCCAACAUGUCCGUGAAUCGCUCGGUCGCAACAAAAAUAUCAUCCUGCUAGGCCGACAGACGGACGACGUGGAUCAGCUCCCUAUUUUCUCUAUGAUGAUCCGCUUUGGCGAUCGUUUCCUACACCACAACUUUGUGUGUGCAUUAUUUAACGACAUGUUCGGGGUGCAAGCUCGUGGAGGGUGCCAAUGUGCUGGCCCUUUUGGCUCUCGUCUACUGGGCUUAAGUCGUGAUCAUAUCGUCGAUUUGGGCCACGCAGUUGUCGCCAAGCACGAGAUUCUCAAACCGGGUGUUGCCCGAAUGAGUUUCCCCUAUUUUGCCGACGAGGGUGAGGUGGACUAUGUAUUGAAGGCAGUACACUUCGUGGCCGACCACGGAUGGAAAUUCCUACCGCAGUACGACUUCAACUGCCGAACUGGAGUAUGGCGUCAUGUUUCACGGGCAGAUAUCGCCUUCCCCGACCAGAAGCGCUUGUCGGACAUGCAGAUCGAAGACGUGGAGACUGUGCGCUCGUCGAUUGUCGCUGAACCCAUUCGUGACUUGGCUACACACAGGCAAGAGAACCUCGAGCAAGCGGCUAAGCUUGCAUACCGCUCCAUCCAAGAGGCCGCGGAAUCUGAUUUUUUGCAGAGUGAGAAGGUUGCGGACAUUUACGAGGGACUACGAUGGUUCGCAUACCCCUGUGAGGCUGUUGCUGCAUUCCAAGAGCUGGGUGACAGCCCUCCGCUAUCGGACGAGAUCAGUGGUCCGUGCCAACCGCAACGCUACUUUGAUCCCGCGAUUAAUCACGUUUGGGACGGCGUGCCGACGUUGGCGACUAUGAAACGGCACAAGGUGGUGAUGGCGGCGCGCAUGCUGAUCCUUCGCUGUAUGCCAGGACAGGGCUCUCCGUUGUUGAUGGACAUGACGCCGGUCACGGAUUCAGAGGACGAAAGUGGCAGUGAAGCUGAGAACUCGCCGAAGCACGUGUAA